AUGCAUGCGUUGGUGAAUGUCUUUCUGCGCUGCCUGUGUUUGCUAUUGCCUCCCUCUUGGCUUUGUGUGAGCUCGUUGUGGGCUGGGAGUGCGUGUGAGAAGACCAAUCCCGAGGCUCGUGUGGGGAGCAGAAAGCCUCUUACAUAUGAGGAAGUGCAGGCAGCCGCGGCGGUGGCAGUAGAAGCACACGGAGCCUCUAGUCCACCUCCACGGCCCCUCUCCGCAGCUCAAAGAGGCGUCUUUCUGGUCGCUACAAGCCCUACUGUUCCUCAGGCCCCUGCUUCAGCUCUGGGCCGGUCCAAGGGUCUCUGGCGAGCCGUGGAGCGCCUCUUCCACGCACCGUGGAGCUUCCUCCGCCAUCACUGGUGCCCGAAGAAUCGCGCCCCAUUCCCCGCGUGCGCUGUCGACUUCCAGGCAGACGAUACUACUGCACGUCCCGGAGCCCAGGAGAUCCACGAAGGCACCUCAUCUCACCCCGACAACAUGAGUGGCUUUGUGGGCAUCCACAAGAUGAAGCCGUCAAAGUGCAUUUCAGACGGAGAUGAGGUAAUCACGGUGGAUAAGCUCUCGCAGGAGAUGGGGACUGUGACGAUAACUGUGGCCAUUCAAGCUGCGGAGGAGGACGAGGAGCCGGAGGAGCUGUCAUCCAACAACAUUGACAUCCUCGGGGGCAGCUGUAGUGAAGACGACCUGGGCAGGCAUGACAAAUCAAGUGGAGCAGGGACCAGUGGAGGUGAACUGGAAGAGGAGAGCUGGCAGCCCCCAGACUCGGAACUCAUUCACAAAUUGGUUUCCCAAAUUGAGUUCUACCUGUCUGAUGAGAACUUGGAACAUGAUGCCUUUCUUCUAAAACAUGUGCGACGUAAUAAACUUGGAUUUGUCAGUGUCAAGUUGCUCACCUCUUUUAAAAAGGUGAAGCACUUGACUCGUGACUGGAGAACAACUGCCUAUGCUCUCAGACAUUCCAACAUAUUGGAGUUAAAUGACGAGGGACGCAAAGUGCGUCGCAAGUCUGCGGUCCCAGUCUUUGCCAGUGAGUCUUUGCCAAGCCGCAUGCUGCUGUUAAGUGAUUUGCAGAGGUGGCCAGAUCUAGCUGCACUGACUGGGGCCGCUAAAGAAAACGGAGGUAACGAAGGAGGUGCCAUGCAGCAGGAGCAGCUAAUGAAGCUGUUGCUUAAAGCUUUUGGAACAUAUGGCGCCAUAGCUUCUGUUAGAGUCCUGAAACCUGGAAAAGAUCUGCCUGCCGAUCUGAAGAGGUUAAGUGGACGCUACUCUCAACUUGGCACUGAGGAAUGUGCCAUCGUUGAGUUUGAGGAAGUGGAGGCUGCUGUCAAAGCUAAUGAAGCGGUGGGAAAUGAAGAUGGAGGCUCGAGUUCUUUAGGGUUAAAAGUGGUCCUUAUUGGCACCAAACCACCAAAGAAAAAAGUACCAAAAGAGCGUCCACGUGAGGAAGGAGGGAUGCGCAAAAGUCGCUCUCUCAACAGCAGAGUUCGGGAACUCCAGUACCAUGGAGAUGACUCCGCCUGCAGCUCAUCUGAAACUGAGAGUAAUCCCACAUCACCAAGGUUAGCCAGAAAGUCCCUGUCCUGCAACAAGCUCAGCCCCACAACUGCAGGCAUCAGUUUCCAGAACAAUCACCUGAGCCCAGGGAUGUCCCCCCGCAACAGCCCCUGGUCCAGUCCUCGAGCCAGUCCGUGCUCUCAGCGCAAAAGCCCCCAUUCACACAAGUCUCCCUUGGCCAGUGAAGGCCGGCUCAGCCCUGAGGCUGGCCGUCGGUGGGCUGACUACUCCUCAGACAGUAGCCUUACUCCUUCAGGAAGCCCCUGGGUGCAGCGUAGAAAGCAGGUGGCAUCACAGGAGAGCAGCCCAGUAGGGAGCCCUAUGCUGGGCAGAAAGAUUCAGAAUGCGGAUGGUCUUCCACCUGGUGUGAUGAGGCUACCCAAGGGCCCAGAUGGAACCCGUGGCUUUCACUGUGCUACAAUUGCGGAGAGGGGAAAAACUACUGCCACUCAGACUUGA